CGUCAGUCCCGGAAUCAGGUGAACGUCUCCGCCCACCGCCCGCUCCUCUCAGUGAAGACGGAACCUCCGGCGUCUGAAAGAGUGAUUGAUGGAGGUCGUGUGGUCAAACUAUUAGCUUUUACUUUUUAAACUACUUUACCUGGCCGAGAGGCAGAAGACGAGCGUCCUGUUGAACGCAGAACGGGAGGAUCUCGAGGUGCGCGUGAAAUUACAUAUCUGAACUUUUGUCUGUUUUUUCACGGCUCUGACCAUUGGCAGUGAUGGUGUUCCGUGAGUUCACAUCUACAGCUGCACAGCUGUAUGACAAGUGGAUGAAAGAUGCAGACCCCAGGACAGAAGACUGGCUGCUCAUGUCCUCGCCGCUGCCCCAAACAGUUAUUAUUGCAUUUUACAUCUACUUUGUGAUAUCACUGGGGCCCAGGUUAAUGGAGAACAGGAAGCCAUUUGAUCUGAAGCGGGUCCUCAUCAUCUAUAAUUUCAGCGUUGUGGCUUAUUCUCUUUACAUGUGUUAUGAGUUUGUGAUGUCAGGCUGGGGAACAGGGUAUUCAUUCGGCUGUGAUCUAGUAGACUACUCUCGAUCGCCAAAAGCCAUGAGGAUGGCAUGGACUUGCUGGCUCUAUUACUUCUCCAAGUUUAUUGAGUUGUUGGACACAGUUUUCUUUGUUCUGAGGAAAAAGCGCAAUCAGGUGACCUUCCUACAUGUCUACCAUCAUUCCAUCAUGCCUUUCACUUGGUGGUUUGGAGUCCGGUUUUCUCCAGGUGGUUUGGGGACAUUUCACGCCCUUCUAAACUGCAUCGUUCAUGUCAUCAUGUAUACAUACUAUGGAUUGUCAGCUCUGGGCCCUACCUACCAGAAGUUUUUAUGGUGGAAGAAGCAUUUGACUUCAAUACAGCUUAUCCAGUUUGUCAUCGUAACCUUACAUAUUAGCCAGUACUUCUUCAUGAAAGACUGUCCCUACCUGUAUCCUGUAUUCAUCUACAUCAUUGGUCUGUAUGGUAUCCUCUUCCUCCUCCUCUUCCUCAACUUCUGGUACCAUGCAUACACAAAAGGCAAAAGGCUUCCUAAAGGCCUGCAAAACACAACCAUGCAACAGAACAACAAUGACAUACACCACAAGAAAAAAUAACUGGUGCAGUGUGAUUAACCAAUCAGCAGUGACAAUCUACCUAAAACUGCCUUUUGGCUACAUUUUUAUAAGACUAUUUAUAUGUACACCAUAACAUUUAUCUUGAUGCCCUGGGGAAAAACGUUACUGUACAGACUGUGUGUUGCAGCCUGGGCUGGAUCUUGCCUUUUACCCUCAGCUGGGCAUUUGAGUUGAACUCUGGGUCAUUGCCCUGUGGGCUGCUCCUGUUUCUCCUCAUUUUCCUCAUUGUUUUUUGCGUACUGACGUGUUUCCUUCCUAUUUAAUGAGAUGUGAGUCAGAGAGUCAGAAGCCUCCCAGCUCCUCACUCGUGUCAGUCACAUCAUUUUUAUUGCCAUUUUAGACACCAUUUGUUAUGUAUUUAUAUGUUUACGUCCCUGUUUUUGGCUGUAUCUGUAAAUAAGAUGAAAGAAGUGUUGGCAACUUUUUUCCUCUUCCUUCAUAAAAAGCAGAACUGUCUGGAAAGAUAUGAUGUUUUAUUAACAAAGUUCGGGAGGAGCACGUCAGAUACUUAGCCUAAUUAGACACAAGUGGUACGCCAUCAGGCUAAUCAACACAAGGGUACAAAUACAGCUGACAUACCUCCUUUCAUUUGACGGCUAAUCAGCAUCUGGUUCACCCGUCUGUUGUGUUCACAAUGUCUCACAGUGAAUAUUCCUCGUCAGGAGAUGACUCCAUCUCUCCCGGCCGCAUCACCACAGCCAACCGGCUCCAGGACC